AGGCAUAGCAAGCGAGCAAGCAUACGAGUCCACGACAACCACGAUUACGACCCCCAAUUCCACUACCACGCACUCUCCACUGGUACGGAGAAGAUACACUCGUUCUGAUACUCUCACAAGCGCCAUCACCGCAUCGAUGAGGCAUGUCGUCGCGACCUCUUCAUUCCCCAGAUGCCCCCGAAUCACCCGUUGAUGAUUCCGAUUCGGACCUUGACUUAGAUAUACAGGAGCUCGAUCCUAUUACCACUACCUCACAGUCUCUUGCCGCGAGGGAUCGCAAUAGCAGCAGUAGCAGCGCCAGGGAAGAGCGAAGGGGAGGCAAUAUACCCUUGAGAAAUUUGCGUAUGGGUGGCUUGCGUGGGUUGGGAAAACGGACUCGCGGUUAUGGGGAUCUAGGCAGACGAAGGGAUACCGAGGGCGAUGAUUUAGAAGGCCUUCUGGGAGAUGAUCAUGAUGGAGAUUCGAGCCGGCUCUCGGCAGGUAGCCAUAGGGAUGAAGAUGCGCAUCUUUUGUCCCCGCGUAGACUGCGGAACAAAACGAGUGUUGGAUCUCUCAAAGAACAAUUUGGGUCACGGAUGCGACUACCAAGUUUUAUGUCCCAUGCGGGGCCUUCUCAAACAUCACCAAAGGAAGAUGAGGAGAAUGAGGAGGAGCACGAUCCGGCUUCGUCGCGAACGGUGAUAGUUGGCGCAAUACAAGCCGCGCGAUUUCCCGCCAACGCAGUCUCAAAUGCGAAAUACACUCCCAUCAGUUUCUUACCGCGAACUUUGUAUAACGAAUUCUCUUUCUUUUUCAACAUGUACUUUCUGCUGGUUGCGCUUUCGCAAGCCAUUCCUGCUUUGCGUAUAGGAUACCUUUCGACUUAUAUUGUACCAUUAGCAGGCGUAUUGGCAAUUACUCUGGGGAAAGAGGCGUAUGAUGACAUUGAACGGAGGCGGAGGGACUCGGAGGCCAAUUCUGAGGGCUAUACGGUUCUCGCCUUUGACAGACCGGGGCUUGGAAACGCCGAGAGAUAUCAUGCGAAGAGGAAGUUGAAAUCAAAGGCAAAUGCAAAGUCUAAGAGGAGGUCUUUAGUGACACAAGAUAGGUUAUCGGACAUCCAGGAAGAAGAGGAUACUGCUGAAAGUCAAGCAUCUCGUUCAUCACCAACUUCUGUUGUCCGUGAGUUGACCAAAAAGGCCCGCGAUUUGAAAGUUGGAGAUGUUUUGAAAUUAGGAAAAGAUCAGAGAGUUCCUGCCGACGUAGUGAUUUUGAAGAGUUAUACAAAUGAAGCGAGCCCAGUUGAGGAAAUUGUGGAAGAAGCAAUAAACAGCAGUCAGUCACUGGUGGACCCAAUUUCAGAUCCACCCAUCGACCAGACUAGUGGCAGCAUGGCGGAAGCGCGUGAGUCGACUUCAGCCCUUGGAAACAUUCCAGCAGCAGAUGCGGGAGGUGUAGGUGAAACAUUCAUCCGAACAGAUCAACUGGAUGGAGAAACGGAUUGGAAACUUCGACUUGGAUCUCCACUUACCCAACACCUUGACCCAUCCGAGUUCACACGACUGCGUCUCGUUGCCGGGAAACCAGACAAGAAAGUAAACGAAUUUCUUGGGAGUGUUGAGUUGUUACCAAAAGGAGCAGGGUAUGAUCCUCACAUCCCAAAGAUGAGCCCUCUUAGCAACGAGGGCGGGGCUCCUGAUCGCAGCAACCAAAGCUCGGCGCCGUUAACCAUCGACAACACGGCUUGGGCCAACACGAUCCUAGCUUCCAAUGCGACAACCUUAGCUGUCAUUGUUUAUACAGGCCCCCAGACUCGAUCGGCUCUCUCUACCUCUGCCUCGCGAUCAAAAACCGGAUUGUUGGAAUAUGAAAUCAACUCGCUUACGAAGAUUCUUUGUGCCCUCACCCUUACAUUGUCCAUUGUGCUCGUUGCUCUAGAAGGCUUUGAGCAUGUAGCGGGUGUCCAGUGGUAUGUCAAAAUCAUGCGCUUUUUAGUCUUAUUUUCCACAAUCGUUCCCAUCAGUCUUCGUGUCAACCUAGAUAUGGGGAAAACGGUCUACUCUUCGUUCAUCCAGCGGGAUCAAGGUAUUGAAGGAGCCGUAGUAAGAACCAGCACCAUACCGGAAGAAUUGGGUAGAAUCGAGUAUUUACUCAGCGAUAAGACCGGUACAUUGACCCAGAAUGAAAUGGAAAUGAAGAAGAUUCAUGUCGGAACGGUUUCCUAUGCGAACGAAGCUAUGGACGAAGUGGCUACUUACAUAAAGCAAGGCUUUUCUGUGCCAGCACCAGCCGAUUCCACCCAGCCAUCAAUUCUAAUCACCCCAUCUUCUACAUUCAUCGCUUCCACCACUGUCACCGCAACUAGAACGAGAAGAGAGAUUGGAUCUCGUGUUCGUGAUGUUGUUCUCGCGUUGGGCAUAUGUCACAAUGUUACCCCGACCAUAGAAGAACAGAAUGGCGAAACCAUCACAUCUUACCAGGCCUCUUCACCUGACGAAAUCGCAAUUGUCAAAUGGACAGAGGCUGUUGGUCUUCGUCUUAUUCAUCGAGACCGCAACGGAAUGACACUUCAAUCCGUCGAUACUGGGCGACCUGUUGUUAGAGUUAGAACUCUCGAGAUAUUUCCUUUCACCUCUGAUGGAAAAAGAAUGGGUAUCAUUGUUCAAUUUUUGGACGGCACAGAAACCUCUUCAGAGACCAAUAUCGAAGCAGGUGAAAUUUGGUUCUUCCAGAAAGGAGCUGAUACUGUCAUGACAUCCAUCGUCGCUGCCAACGAUUGGCUUGAUGAGGAAACUGCCAAUAUGGCGCGUGAAGGGCUUCGAACCUUGGUUGUUGGUCGUAAGAAGAUGUCUGUCCAACAAUACAAAGAGUUUGCCUCAAGUUACAAGGAAGCUUCCGUGGCUAUCAACAAUCGUGAUGCCGGCAUGGCUAGAGUCGUUUCGCAUUACCUUGAGAAAGAUCUUGAGCUAUUAGGUGUCACUGGUGUUGAGGACAAAUUACAGCAAGAUGUAAAACCUUCCUUGGAACUCUUACGCAAUGCUGGAAUCAAAAUCUGGAUGUUGACUGGCGACAAAGUGGAGACUGCACGAUGUGUAGCAGUGAGCGCCAAACUUGUUGCCAGGGGACAAUACAUUCAUACUAUCCACAAACUAAAGCGAAAAGACCUUGCCCAAGAUCACCUCGACUUUCUCAGAAGCAAACCAGACUCGUGUCUCCUUAUUGAUGGGGAGAGUCUUUCUCUGCUACUCACGCACUUCAGAACUGAAUUCAUUUCUUUGGCGGUCAAGUUACCAGCUGUCGUUGCUUGUCGUUGUUCGCCAACGCAAAAAGCAGAUGUCGCUCUAUUAAUCCGCGACUUUACUAAAAAGCGAGUCUGUUGUAUUGGCGAUGGAGGUAACGAUGUUUCCAUGAUUCAAGCGGCCGAUGUUGGUGUUGGUAUCGUUGGGAAAGAAGGAAGACAAGCCUCUCUUGCUGCCGAUUUUUCGAUAACCCAAUUCUGCCAUUUGACUAAAUUACUAGUUUGGCAUGGUCGGAACAGUUACAAGCGAAGUGCUAAGCUUGCGCAGUUCGUUAUCCAUCGUGGUCUGAUUAUCAGCGUAUGCCAGACCAUGUACAGUAUCGCCAUCAAGUUUGAGCCGGAAGGUUUAUACAAAGAUUGGCUACUUGUAGGAUACGCCACCGUAUACACCAUGGCACCAGUAUUCUCCUUGGUCCUCGACAAAGACGUCGACGAAAAGCUCGCAAAUCUCUAUCCAGAGCUCUACCGGGAGCUGACAACCGGCGCCUCUCUAUCCUACAAAACCUUCUUCAUCUGGGUUUUCGUAUCCAUCUACCAAGGUGGUAUGAUUCAAGGUCUCUCCCAGAUCCUCACCGAGGUCGACGGUCCCCGAAUGGUAGCCGUCAGUUUCACUGUCCUGGUGCUGAAUGAGUUAUGCAUGGUUGCGUUUGAAAUCACGACUUGGCAUCCGGUGAUGAUCUUCAGUCUUGUGGGUACGCUACUUUUGUACCUGGGCUCCAUCCCGUUCUUGGGUGGUUACUUUGAUUUGGAUUUUAUUGUUACUUGGUAUGUUUUCCUCCCACCCCCUCUUACCUCACUUUUACCCGUCUUGAAAUUCCAUAAACUAACGUGAUCUAGGGGCUUCGUCUGGCGCGUUGCGGCUAUCGGUGCGAUAUCGUUGAUUCCUCCCUAUGCAGGGAAAUUGAUUCGGCGCGCGAUUAAACCGCCUAGUUAUCGAAAGGUGCAGGGGAUUUGA